CCUCCUCCUCCUCCCGCCGUCCGCCACACGCCCGCGGCUCCCGCAGGCGGCACGGCCCGGGGUCCGCGCGAUGGCCGCCAUCCAGAACCUGCAGCUGUGGUGCAAGCAGCAGUGCGAGGGCUACCGCGAUGUCAGCAUCACCAACAUGACCACGUCGUUCCGUGACGGGCUGGCCUUCUGCGCCAUCCUGCACCGCCACCGCCCCGACCUCAUAAACUUCAAUUCCCUCAGUAAAGAAAAUGUGUACGAGAACAACAAGCUGGCAUUUCAAGUGGCAUCAGAGCAGCUGGGGAUCCCCGCCUUGCUGGAUGCAGAGGAUAUGGUUGCUCUGAGGGUACCAGACAGGCUGAGCAUCAUUACCUACGUUUCCCAGUAUUAUAACUACUUCCAUGGACGUUCUCCUAUUGGAGGCAUGGCUGGGAUCAAGCGUUCUUCCUCUGAACUUCAGGAGCAGCCUGCUGGGAAGAAAGCUGUUCCAGGACCUCCUAAGCCAGUGUCUCCAAAACUGCCUCCUGCACACCCACCAGCCAAAGCUAAGCCAAAAGAAGCCUCCCCAGUCACCACAAAGGGUGUCCUGACAGAGAGUGGGAAUAUCCGUAGCAGCUGCUGUGGUAUCUGUGGGAACCACGUCCACCUGGUACAGCGUCACUUGGUUGAUGGGAAGCUCUAUCACAGGAAUUGCUUCAGGUGCAGGGAGUGUUGGAAUGUGCUUCUUCCUGGAAGCUACAAAUCUGGGCCUGAGCCCGGUACAUUCAUCUGUACCAGCCACCAGCAGCCAGAUAAUGUCCAGAUCUCUGGGCUCAGCAGCACUCGGAACAAACCUGAGAGCACCCCAGCCCCUACUAGUGCCAGAGCAUUCCAGAAAGCAGCAGAACCCAAGAAACAGGAGCAGGUGUUGAAGAAACCAAGCCAGGAAGGCCUUGCUAAUUCAACCAAGCCAUCUGUUUCAUCUUCUGGAAGCUCUGGCUUCAGAAGUCUAAAUACUCCAUGGUCGUCUUCAGCUGUAAAUAAAUCAGAAGACUGCAAAGGUACCCCAUUGGGAAAUAAAACAGAUCAUCGUGAAGGUACCACAUCAGGACCUCUUUGGACAACCUCCAAAACAAAAACACAGCAGGCCCGUGAAAAUUUUUUUCAGUCAUUAGAGUCCUCCAGCAAUAAAACCUCUGAUGCUAAAAACCACGACCCUUCUCAUAGCUCUGGUAAAAUUUCUUCUGGCAGAACUGCUGCUGGGGUCACUCCAGCGAAGACUGAGAAGGCUCAGGCACGUAACCAUAUUAUACAAGCUUUGGCUGGAACAAGCACCUCUCCAAGCAAGCCAGGAGGACUCAGUUCUACUGGCUCUUCAGCAUCUAGUAGUAGCAACUUUUCUCCUUCCAGUUCCCAAUCACAGAGUCCAGCUCUGAAAGCACAGACCAGCAAAACAGGCUACACAACACCAAAACAGGAAAAGACCACAGAACCUCUGCCCAAGAGUCAGACGACCAGCAAAGCUGUUGAAUCUGUGCACAAGCCAGAGUCAAAAGACCUCAAAGGAACUGUGAACGCUGGUGAAGACAAGUCUGAGAGCCCAGCAGACUGGAGAUCUCGGUUGAAGCCUGUGGCCAACAAAGACCAGGCUGGCUCUAAGAAGCCUACUGAUCACUCACAGGUGGGAACAGGGAGCCAAACACAGAAGGAGAAAAAGCCAACUCCAUUAGUUGUUCCAUCAGCAAAGCAGGAGUCCGCUUCCUCUGGUGGAAUCCUUAAGAAGAAGUUGAUACCCAGCUCAGAUCUUACAAGCUUUCAAGGCUGGAAAGAUUAUGGGGUUUCUGCCAAGAAGGAGGAAGAGGGCAACCACCAGUUGAAUCAAAGCACUGUCACAUUUGAAUCCUCUGUUCCAAAAAGCAUUCAGAGCAUUGAAGCAGUGUCACCAACCAAGCUGCACCCAGACUACAUCCCUGAGGAGGAAAUCCAGAAGAAGGUACAUGACAUUGAGAAGCAGCUGGAUGUGCUGGAACUGAAAGGAGUGGAUCUGGAGAAGCAGCUACGUGGCUGUGAAGGAGAUGAGUCCGAGGAUGCCCUCAUGGUGGAUUGGUUCAAAUUGAUCCAUGAGAAACAGCUGCUGCUAAGGCAGGAGUCAGAGCUGAUGUACAAGAUGAAACAGCAGAAUCUGGAGGAGAAGCAAUGGAACAUUGAGAUGGAGCUGAGACGUCUCGUGGACAAGCCAGAGUAUCUGAAGACACGCAGAGAGAAGGAACGUGAAAAGGAGCUGCUGGAUUCAUAUCUGAACACAGUCAAUGAUCGGAAUAAUAUUGUGGAGUGCCUGGACGAGGACAGAAUCAGAGAGAAAGAGGAGGACCAGAUGCUGGCAGACAUGAUCCGGAAGUUGGAUGGAUCUCUUGAGACCCAGGAGUCAGAGAAGAAGAAGAACAAGUUCCGCUUGUCCAAAAUAUGGAAGCAGAAAAAUAAGAGUUAAACUCAGGAGUAAUGUUACUCUGCGCGCUGGUGCAGAGAGGACUGUCAAAGUGAUGUUCUUUUCUUGCUGCUGCUUUCCUGGACUUGUGCAGGAUGGUGACGAGGCUUCUUUCCUCUCUGACGUGGAGACUGUAGGUUUGCAGAUCAAAGGGACAGUGUGAAUCCUCUCUCAGUGGUUGAGGUACACCUUUCCCAGAAGAUUUUCCUUCUUUGAAUCUAACUCAGAUCUGGCUUCAGCCUUGUUGGCAGCUCAGCAGGACGGAACUCAAUUUGCCCAUCCACUGCUUAGGUCUUUACAGACUUGAAUCAGAGAGCGUGGCACUGCGUGUCACCCCACAGGGCCCCCCUCACAUCAGCCAGGGCUAUGCCAAGGGUACUGUGCUGGUUUCCAAAAUGGCAGUUCUUUUUCCCUCCCUGCAUCUCCUUUGGCAGAGAGAUAAUAUGGGUCAUGAGAGAUCAAUGGUCUCCCCCUUAUUUACACCCAUGCAAACUGGAGUUUUCAGCCCCCACAGCCAGGGGAAGCAGACACCAGAAUUACCUGUGGGUUGGGAUGUCCUAGACCCAGAGACAUUUCAGCAGUAGUGCUGUUUCCAGACCUCCUUGUGGGAGUUGUUGUAGGCUGGUUUCUCAGAGCCAUGAAGGGCUGCUCACUGCUUCAUUCCCUCUAUGGGGGAGAUUUUUAACUCCUUGUUUCUCUCACUGCACAGCGAAGCGUGGUUUUCAUUGCUUGUGGCCCACCAUGCUGAAGACGAACAGAAGUCUUUUAACAGCCUUAUGCUAACAGGGAGCAGAAGUGCAUAACUGGGUUUGUCUUGUCCACCAGCUUUCCGUGUGGGACAAGCACUCAUCUCCUGAGUCUGUCCCUGGACAUCCAGUGCCCUCAGGGGUUGCCGUGGUUCACCUUGGUGGAAGCAGGGCAGUAAUGAGCAGUGCAAAGUAGGCGCUGGGCUGCUGGCAGUGUGUCUUUCUCCUCCACACUCAGCCUAGAGUGACUGCGGCCUGACAGCUGCCCUACGUGGCAUUGGCCUUUUCACAGUCAACCUUGGGAGCGGGGAUAGAGAUUGGCAGGGGAAGAUGAGAAUAAUUCGUGAUGCCCCUAGCUCUGGUGUGCACUCCCCCGUGCUUCCUUCCUCCCUCCGUGCCAGGGUACUUCACGAUUUCCCUGUGUCCUGUUCUCCAGCAGGGCCUGGGAUUUUUCAGCGAGGGGAUUUGCUGCCUGCUGUGCCCGGUGGCAGAGCAGAGGCGAUGCGUCCCUCACCCACGAGGUGGCAGUGGGACUCUCCGUCCGAGGCAGCUUGCCCUGGGCACCGCAGGGCUGAUCUCGGUGGGGUGCCCAGCGCCCAAGGGGUUUCUCGCUGCCCGCAGUGCGUGCGUGCGGUGGGACGCCCUGUACCUGCCUAUGUUUUCGUCCAAUAAAGAGCUGCUGGUGCACA